UUAAGGAGUAGAAUUGAGUUGGGAAGGGUAAAAUGAUUUAUUUAAAAACCAUACAAAGCGGGGGGCUUUGAAAGCUUUGAAUCGGCCCCGUCUAUGAAACUGUGGAGCAGAGGAAGAAGACUCCUCUCGACCUGCUGUUCUCUGCGAGCCUCCCGCCAUGCCGACGUCGAUCCUCCCGUCGACGCCCGGAUCAUCAAGACGGGCUUCGACCCCAGAACCUGCAGCUCCAACUUCCGGAUCAGCAAUAUGCUCGCGAGGGGCGACCUCACAGGCGCUCGGCAGGUGUUCGACGGAAUGCGCAACAAGAACACCGUGUCUAUCAACGUGAUGAUCUCUGGGUACGCCAAGGCUGGGGAUCUUGCGAGCGCCAGAGCGCUGUUUGAUAGCAUGGAUGAGCGGACGGCCGUGACGUGGACCAUCAUGAUCGGUGGGUACUCGCACCAUGAUAGGGCCGAUGAGGCGUUCGAGCUCUUCACGGAGAUGCUGCGAAGCGGCAUGGGCCCUGAUUAUGUGACUUUUGCGACACUGCUCUCGGGGUUCAACAGUGCCGGUGCAGCGUGCCACCUGGUUCAAGUCCACGGGUUGGUUGUUAAACUGGGGUUCGGUUCGGUUCAGAUAGUCGGCAACUCGCUGUUGGACACGUACUGCAAGGUGGGUCAUGUUGAUUUAGCAAGGCAGCUGUUCAAGGAGAUGCCUGGGAGGGAUGCGGUCUCCUUCAAUGCAUUGAUAACAGGGUACUCAAAUGAAGGGCUCUUCAAGGAAGCGAUUAGACUCUUCAUGAAAUUGCUAAAAUCGGGUUGCAGGCCUUCGGAGUUUACUUUUGCCUCGGUUUUAGCAGCUGGUUCUGGGUUGGGUGAAUUGGCUUUUGGGCAACAUAUACAUGGUAUCGUUAUUAAGAUGAAUUUCCUACAGAAUGUGUUUCUGGGGAAUGCGUUGCUCGACUUCUACUCGAAACAUGACCAAAUAAGAGACGCAAGGAAGCUUUUUGAAGAGAUGCCGGAAAUAGAUGAUGUUUCUUACAAUAUACUGAUCGCAGGCUAUGCUUGGGUUGGGGAAGUAAGAGCCUGUAAAGAAAUAUUUCGCGGACUUCAGUCGACAAGAUAUGGCGGUCGGCAUUUUCCAUUCGCUCCCUUGCUGAGCUUAGCUGCAAACACUUGUGACUUAGAAAUGGGCCGUCAAAUCCACUCGCAGACCAUUGUUACCACGGCUGAUUCAGAAUUGCAGGUUGAAAAUGCUCUCAUUGACAUGUAUGCAAAAUGUGGGAAAUUCAACGAGGCAGAAAUUUUAUUUACUAACUUACCUUAUAAGAAUUCUGUUCCAUGGACGGCCUUGAUCUCAGCUUAUGUCCAAAAUGGAUUGCACGAAGAGGCCCUGAAGCUGUUCGUCAAGAUGAAUCGAGAUGAUGUGGGCCCUGACCAAGCCACCUUUGCGAGCGUCCUCAAAGCCUGCGCAAGUCUUGCCUCUGCCUUACUGGGGAACCAGCUCCACUCAUGCCUUGUUAAGUCGGGCUUUUUGUCGAAUGUCUAUGCGGGAAGCGCCCUCCUUGAUGUGUAUGCAAAGUGUGGGUUGAUGAAAGAAGCCAUUAAGACUUUUGACCAGAUGCCGACGCGAAAUAUCAUCUCAUGGAAUGCCAUGCUCACCGCUUAUGCCCACGGGGAUGGGAAGGCCACUAUCAGUGCAUUUGAGGAGAUGGUCCAGUUGGGGUAUGUCCCAGAUUCCAUAAGCUUCCUAAAUGUUCUCUCCGCUUGCAGCCACUCAGGGCUCGUCGAAGAAGGGCUGAAGUACUUCGAUAUGAUGAAUAGAGACUAUAAGCACAUCGUCAAGAGAGAACACUAUGCUUGCGCGCUUGAUGUGCUUUUCAGGGCAGGGAGGUUUGAUGAGGCGGAGGAGUUGAUGUCUCAGAUGCCCUACGAUCCCGAUGAGAUCACGUGGGUAUUGGUUCUGAACUCGUGCAGGAUCUAUAAGAACGAAAAACUGGCUUUGAAAGCUGAGGCGGCGCUUUUCAAAAUGGAGGGACUGAGGGAUGCGGGGCCUCAUGUGAACUUGUCCAACAUAUAUGCAGCAGCAGGUCGAUGGGAUGACGUGGCGAGGGUGAAGAAGGCGCAGAGGGAGCGAGGGAUCAAGAAAAUUCUUGCUUGCAGCUGGGUCGAGGUUAAACACCGAACGCACGUGUUUGCGGCAAACGAUAACAACCAUCCAGAAAUAUGGCAGAUCAGGAGAAAGCUCGACGAGCUAGGGGAAAAAAUGGAACAGGAAGGCUACAAGCCCGACCCGAGCUGUACCCUUCACAAUGUGGACGAGGAGAUCAGGAUCGCAUCUCUCAAGUACCACAGUGAACGACUUGCAAUUGCCUAUGCCCUAAUAAGCACGCCCGAGGGGUCCCCUAUCGUGGUGGUAAAGAAUCUAAGGACUUGCACGGACUGUCACGCGGCGAUUAAGGUGAUGUCAAAGGUCGUCGCGAGGGAGAUCACUGUGAGGGACACGAGCAGGUUCCAUCAUUUUAGUCAUGGUGUUUGCUCUUGUAUGGACUAUUGGUGACAGUUCCAAGUUCAAACCCGUGCAUCAAUGAUCCAUUACACAGGCAGUGUUGGUAAGAUCGCAACCAUAUGUAACUUAUUCGAAUGUAGGCAUUCUUUUUCGAGAAGCAGAUGAUCUCGAUCAAUUGCAUCAAUAGAAAAUACCAGAUAAUGCUGCUUUUGAUUC